CGUCCUUCGCGCGCAUCCUUGCAUCGACGAUGAUUUGGCCAUUUUCGGUCGGAGGCAUGGCGGCAUCAGGGCGAACCUGGAAAAAUUGGAUGCGCGCCGGACAUAAGGGGUCCAGGGGGUGGUAGCGGUGGACAUUGUUGACCCAUUGACCCAGGAUGUCACCCCAGCGGCCGUUGUGUGCUGGCGGCGUUCAGGCAGGGUCGUCCCUAUAAAACAACAGUCCUCUCGCACAUUGCUGCGCCCCUUUCCUCCCUUUCUCUCCUCACCCUCACGCUCACUUAGCAACCUUGACUUAUUAGUCAAAUUCCAUUCGUUACGGAUUAGACAACGCCAAAGGCCCUUGUGCUUUACGAGACCUCAUAGACCGAACAUACUCACCGAGUACAUAAUCUAAUACCCGAACAAAUCAGCCAAAAUGAAGUUCUCCGCUGCCGUCCUUGCCCUCGCCGCUGGCGCCAUGGCGCACAAGAAUGAGACCGUGGCCUACACCACUGAGGUUGUCACUGCCUACACCACCUUCUGCCCGGCGGCCACCGAGGUCACCGUUGGCACCAAGACCUACACCGUCACUGAGGCCACCACCCUGACCAUCACCGACUGCCCGGGCGGCUGCACCAUCAAGCGCCCCGUGACCACCAUCUCGUCGGUCGUCUGCAGCAACUGCCCCUCCUACCACAACAGCACCGCCACCGGCGCCCCCUCGACCCCGGCCACGCUGACCAGCGUCGGCACCGUCACCGUGCCGUCCCCGACCAAGGGCCCCGGCGGCGGCAGCCCCAGCUCGCCCUCGUCGCCCCCGAUCGCCACCGCCGGCGCCGCCAAGGGCUUCGCCCUCUCCGGCCUCGCGCUUGGCCUGGCUGCCCUCGCUCUCUAAAUUGCGCACACCUAGUUUAGGUCGUUGUAGUUUAGGUGAGAGCGGGUCGGUAUGCGUGGGCUGGUGGGUGGGGUAAUGGUUAAUGGCUUAAUGUCUUGACUAAAUCUGCGCGCGUUUGUGGGAAAUGGGUUGUGGGGGAGGAAAGGAAAAAGGGGGGACGUCG